CUCCAAAAGAGGCCGGAAAUCGUUUUAUAGGGUCUCGGAGUGGGUUCGGCAACCUGAGUUGGCCGGUUAACCAAGACCAAAACUCAUGUCGUAUCAGCCCACUGAACCCACUUGAGGAAUGAAUAGUUGAUGAUCGAUCGACAUUUUUUAUCUUGGUUGGGUCAGUUAGCUGGGAAGUCGUCUGCUGAUGAGAAUGAGAGGAGGGGGGGGGGGGGGGCACCAGUUUCGAAGAGGGGAGACUAAUCACAGGAGCUAUGGAGGUUAGAACGAAACCCGAGGGGAGAAGGAAAUGAGAUGAUCAUUGAAUUGGACAAAUACUUCGAAAUGAACGCUAUGUGCGAGUUCAGCUUGUUCUUCCCCGCUUCGAUUUUCAGACGAGAAGCACGAUUUUUUUUCCCCAAAUAAUGAUGAUUGUUGAUAGUAAGGUUUGAAUAUAGAGUGUGAUGAUGAAUAUUAUAACAGACUCAUGCGCUUUGAGUUUGACACUCGAUUAGUCCGAAUGACCAAAAAAUUCGAGUUCGGAAUCGUUUCGACCGAGAACCCGGAACUAUUUCCCAUAGAAGAUUGUGGUGGGGGCAAGAAGGGAAUGGAGCCAGGAUAUCAACGAACGACAAACAAAAGGGAUAAUUCCAUUCCCAGCACACUCUGUUCAUCUUCCCUUUGCUUUGCUUUCGUUUGUUCUUUCUUCUGCUUUUAAGGCUUUUCACCACGUAAACAAAAGUGACCAUCUAUAAAAGAAGGAAAGCAAAAGAUAACUACUAAUUAAUUAACAAUAGUUUAACCUAUAUUUUGGCCAGAUUAUCAAAAGAUAACCCGAUGGUUAUAACUUUUUACCAUACUCGAAUCAGGUUGAUUUGGUUCAAGAUUGAUUGAGCUUAACGUAAUUCAAUUUUUUUUUUACCAUAGAAAGAACGAGUGCAAUAAACAUUUGGCAUUUGAUACUCUCGUUAUCAACGAUAAAAUGAUUUCUUUCUCAUUACAAGAACGGUCGUUUGAGAGUAUCAACAUACAGUCUCAUUCAUCACUUAACCAUUUUUGCGAGUACCCAAUUUAGAUGUCUCUGCGCCGAAGAAAAUAAAAAUUGAAACAUGUAUAUAAUAUAGUGUGCACAGCUAAUCCCACAACCCUUUAGUUUUUCGUUCGUUUUCAUCCGAUCGUAUACCGACUUAGCUUGUCCGACCCCCGAAACAUUACGAGAUAUGAAGAAUUAUUUUCUCGUUUUCUAUCCGGGUAUAAACGGGUACCGGCCCUACCCAUCGUACACCUCUAUUUAUGACAGGAACCAAAAGAAGAAAAAGGAAAAGAACACAAAGGCAAAAACGAGAUGGUGAAUGAAGGAGGAGGAGAAGAAAGAAUCUUGGAAAAAGGCAAGAGUUGGAGUAUUGUAGAACAAGAGACUGGAAUUUACAGAAAGCGACGUGCUCUAGCUAGCUUGCUCUCGUCUUCAUCAUCAUCAUCAUCAUUUCUACUUUCUUUUUACACAGUUGGAUGUAGCAGUGAUCUCUCUUUGCUUGCCCUAAUUCCCACCCCAUUGGGACUGACUAGUUCGAUCUUGACACGGUACUAUAGAGUUCGUGAUUGUCGAAAUGCGCGGAUGUGGGGUUCGAAACUUGGUCCUCAUGGGAAUUGCUUCCUAAUAAAUUCCACUUUAAUCCCACACGACACAAUCGAUAUGAUGGAUGCUUAAUCGAGUCUUGAGAUUAACUGGUUCGCCACCUCGACAUAUAUGAAAGGUGCUCAUAUCAUCAAGAUGUCAGUGUGGUGUGCAUUCGUAUCUUGACGACUGUGGAUUUCAAAACUAAAUACCGAUCUUUUUGUUUGCACGAACAUGUAAAAAAAAAAACGUAUGUUCAUUCUUGAUUUGUGGAUACUUGGUUCCUAAUAGAAUUCAUGUUUAAUCCCAACCAUGGAAUGCCACAUGACACAAUCAUUGGGAUUGGGGAGGCAUAAUUUGGUCUUAGAAUUAAGUUAUUUAAAAUAUAUACUUAUAAAUCACUCUGUUUAAUUUUUCGAGUGAAAAUCGAUCUUUUUUUGUGUGUAAUUUUAACUUUAAAUUGAAUUGCAAUGUGAAUUCAAUACUUUCAUCCAAACCGUAGUGAACAUUAUCAAGGGUCAAUUCACUUAUGUAGUCUCCAAAAUUCUCAUGUGAUUGAAUUUGAUACUCAAAUGCAUUUUUUUUUUCUCCAGCACAUUUCAAGUUAAGCAUCAUUAUAUGCCAAGAUAGAAGUACAUUUCCAAGGAAUAAAUUUAUCUCUAGUAGUACAGCUAUAAGCAAUAUUAUGAAUGUGAUAUGCUGUAAAAUUAGCUAGCUAGAUAGAGAAAGAAUCUUGGUUACCAUCUUACCCACUUCAUUAUUAAAAAGAAAAGGAAAGGGGAAUUUCAUUAGAAAAAUUGAAAAAAGACAAAGCUGUAAAUAGUGUAGCAGAAGAAGAUUCCCCAUGGGAUAGGAGAGGUAUAGAAAGAAAGAGAACAAAGAAUAAGUGUUGCUUUACAAAUUAAGCUCUCCUUUUCCUUUUUAAGGCGCUUAAUUUUUUUUUUAAUUUUAUUUAGAGUCAUAGAAUUGGAAUAUCAGAUAUUCUUUUCUUAGAGGCAAUAUUUUUUUUUUCUCUCUUAUUAUCAGUGUCGUAUUUGGAUUAGAUAUUCCCUUUCACCUCUCUCUCUCAUACACACAAUAAUAUUCACUUGCAACUUUAGGAAGCUAAAAAGAUAGGGUGUAAUGCAUGCUACAUGGAAUUAUGAUGCUCACCAUUCCAUUUUAAUAUCAUGAACUCAUUUCUUAUCAAUAACUCAUCUCUAUCAUAUGACUUGAGUAUGUAGGAUUCGAUCAUAUAUACAAAUCAUGAUAUAUUGAUUUUUAACCCAACUUCAUUCUAAAUCAUGACUUCGUGCUAUGACCUGUAUACCCUUUUCCUUAUGACGAAAACUUGAUACAUACGUUGAAGAUUUACCUAUACGCCACGAAUACCAAACAAAUAAUCUAUGAGAAC